CCCAGAAGUGCCACCUACCUGUGCCCAGAAGUGCCACCCACCAGUGCCACCCACCUGUGCCCACCAGUGCCACCCACCUGUGCCCACCCACCAGUGCAGCCCAGCAGUGCUGCCAGUCAGUGCCACCAUCAGUGCCGCCAGUCAGUGCCCAGCAGUGAUGCCAGUCAGUGCCAUCUAUCAGUACCCAUCAUCAGUGUCACCUAUCAGUGCUGCAUAUUAGUGCCGCCUAUCCGUGACACCUCAUUAGUGCUGCCUAUCAGUGCCGCCUAUCCGUGCCACCUCAUUAGUACUGCCUAUCAGUGCCCUUUAGUGCUGCCUAUCAGU